GACCCCCGCAGCCAUGCCCUCGCAGAUGGAGCACGCCAUGGAGACUCUGCUCUUCACCUUCCACAAGUACGCAGGGGACAAGAACCACCUGGGCAAGGAGGAGCUGCGGGCGCUGAUGGAGAAGGAGCUGCCAGGCUUCCUGGAGAACCAGAGGGACCCCAUGGCCCUGGACAAGAUCAUGAAGGACCUGGACCAGUGCCGGGACGGCCGCGUGGGCUUCCAGGGCUUCUUCUCGCUGGUGGCCGGGCUGACCAUCGCCUGCAACGACUACUUCGUGCUGCACAUGAAGCAGAAGGGCAGGAAGUGAGGGCAGCCCCCACGGGUGCCCCUCGCC